AUGGAGGCCUUCCUGUGUCUCGAUUUCCCUCAAUGUAGACUCGUUUGGAUACUACUUCAUGUCCCUAAAACGCUCCGACAAACCGUUUACGAAACCGUCAACUCUUCGUGGAGACCUUCCUGUGUCUCGAUUUCCUUCAACAUAGACUCAUUUGGACACUACUUCACAUCUUGA